AAUUUAUUAUCGUCGUCGCUUAAAGGUGACAUAAAUCAAAGAAUUAUUAAGAAAAUCGUAUUAAAAUGCCCGAAGCGCAACCCAGAAACAUAAUCGAACGAUUCUUUAACAACGUUUAUAAAGUAUUAGAAGGACCAACAGUUUGGGUUAGAGAAAACAUCGUUGAACCCAACCAAAAACAAUACCCAUGGUACCACGAAAAAAUGCGUAGAGUUCCAACUGUCGAUGAGUGCUACACCGAUGAUGUAGCUUGUUAUUUCGAAGCUAAUUGCCAGUAUAAACGAGACAGGUUAGUCGAUACUGAAAUAAUAAACAUUUUGCGUCAACGUUUUGAAGAAUGCAACAUGUACGAACAGCCGGAUCAUAUCGAGAGAUGCGCCCCGAUUCGUAAAGAUUACGAGGAGGCUUCUACGAAUUGGUUCACUAAGUACGGUGAUCUUGGGGCUUACCAUAAUGUUCGUUCUGCUUAUAUGAAGCAAAAACAUCGUAUGAUUUGGGAGAGACGCCAUGGACCGGUUGGAUCUGGGAUGAAAAAGCAAGAGGAGGAGGAAUAAAACGAAAAUAAGGAUGAUAUUGUAUAGUAUUGAGGUUAGUUGUAUUCUUUUUCGAAAUAAAUAAAAUUGUUUAAACAAA